CCGACUUUUCCGGCCAGCACCGAUUCCAGUUUUCCGAUGGGCUGCACGCAAUCUGCCGACGUUGUCGAAGUGUCGGCGCCGACCUUUAUGGACGAAUGCACGCCGGCGUCCGGCUCCAAGAGCCUCAAGUACUCGCCGCCGACGUCGUCCGGAUCCAAGAGCGCGUCGAUCCUCGUCGAGCCGAUCGUCGAGCCGCCGCCCGUGUACGUGAUCGAGGAAGAAACAGUCUUUGAGAACGGUGCAAUCCACUAUGUGAUCCUCGGCCCCCACGACCUCUUCCUCAAGAAGCGCUACAACGACUUCAAGGUGCUGCACGCGACGCUCACCGAGGCCGGCGCCGAGCUGCCCGAUAUGCCCGACGUGACGCUCUGGAGCGCACUCUCGCGCCACAACGGCCAACUCAUUUCCGACCGCCGCGAGCGAUUUCAGGCCAUCUUGGACGCGGUCGCAGCAAAGCACCACGAGACGCCGGCGAUGACGGCCUUUGCCGCUUAGUCCUUUUUUUCUAUUUCUUAAUUUUAUGCCGCUAUCGCUUAUUUGUCACGCAAAUCGAC